AUGCGUCUCCGCCGCGUCUCUCUGGCUGUCGGUGCCGUCGCUGCUGGAGGUGCCGCCCUGUACCAGUACCGCCAGUCCUCCGCUUCGACUUCUGCCUCGCCCUCGGCUACCAACUACGCCUCUCCGACCCCCGAUACCACUGCUCCUGUCGCUGAAGAAGUUACCGAUGCCGUACGCCGCGCCCUCAUCGUAGAACAAGGCGGCCUCUACACCAGCAUCAUCCCCGACAACCAGCCUCUCCACAAGGAAUCCGACGAUUACGGUCGCAAGGUCCUCGAGAUGCUGACUGCCGACCAAGCCACCCAGAAGUUGAGGACCAACCAGGAGUCUUAUCUGGUCGGCCGUGGUUCCGGUGUCGUUCGUUACGACCUUGUCCAAAUCCCUAGCAACGACCCUAUCGAGGACGACCAUGCCGAGAAGAUCAUCCACGUCCCUGAGUCGAUCGCUGGUCAGACCGAAGGCAGCGACUGGAUGUUCUGGGGUGUUUUUGACGGUCACGCUGGCUGGACCACGUCUGCCAAACUCCGCCAGACCCUCAUCUCCUACGUCGCUCGCGAACUGAACACAACCUACACAGCCGCCAACGCAAACUCGUCCCUGAAGCCUCCUGCUCCCGACGCCGUCGACGCUGCCAUCAAAAAGGCCUUCACUCUGCUCGAUAACGACAUCACCCACGAGAGUGUCAAGAGGGUCCAGACCGCAAAGUCAAGAUCCCUGGCUGCCGAACUCCUCGCUCCCGCUCUCUCUGGUUCAUGCGCCCUGCUCUCCUUCUACGACAGCCGAACCAAGGAACUUCGUGUCGCUUGCACCGGUGACUCGCGCGCUGUUCUGGGCCGUCGCGGUACUAGCGGCAAAUGGACUGCGACUGCUCUUUCUGUCGACCAGACCGGCGGAACAGACUCCGAAAAUGCUCGUCUGCGCAACGAACAUCCCAACGAGCCAUAUGUUACUCACAACGGCCGUAUCCUCGGCGGUCUUGAGCCUAGUCGUGCUUUUGGCGACGCCGUCUACAAGUGGUCCAAGGAAACUCAGGAUCUCCUGAGAAAGAACUUCUUCACCCGCUCCUACUCCAAACACCUCAAGACACCUCCAUAUGUCACUGCCGAGCCUAUCGUUACCACUACAAAGGUCCAGCCUGAAAAGGGUGACUUUGUCGUCAUGGCCACAGACGGACUCUGGGAGAUGCUCACCAAUGAGGAGGUUGUCGGUCUGGUGGGCAUGUGGCUCGAUCAACAAGCUCACACCGCUCCUCAGCAAAACGCGUCCUGGCUCAAGUCAUGGUUCGGCUCUAGCAAGUCAGGCUCUACCCUCAACGUUGAGGGUGCCGCUCACGGAGAAGAUCACACGGGCCAACGCGCUCCUAUUCGUCAACAGCAGUGGGGUGUCAAUGACCCAGAGUUCCAGCGCUUCGUCGUCGAAGAUAAGAAUGCUGCAACUCAUCUCGCUCGCAAUGCCCUCGGCGGCAAGGACACUGACACUCUGUCCGCUCUGCUUACUCUACCCAGUCCAUACUCGCGCAGAUACCGCGAUGAUCUGACCAUCGAAGUCAUAUUCUUCGGCGAAGGCGGACCAGAACGGACAGGCAAAGUGGAGUUGAACAAGGAGGCAUCGGCCAUGAGCCCCGAAGGCGUGAAGCCCAAGCUUUAG